AUGGAGGGAAGUCCCGCACUGACCCUCUCGUCUCCCAAGGCCCACCUCCCGUUCGGCCUCCUCAGCUCUUCCUCGCCCUCUUCCUCGUCCUCCCUCAGGCGCACUGGGGUGGCCGGGUUCCCUUCGAGGCCUUCCCGAUGUCGGGUAAUGUUGUCCAGUCCUCGGAACUCGCCCCUGGUGCCUGCUGUGGUGGCAGCAGAGGCUGCAGAAGUGGCCUUGGAGGACCCCAUGUCUUCUGUGAGGGACUUCUCGGGGAAGAUUGACAAGAGCGGGAGGUUCUGCAGCCCCAGAGCCGCCCGGGAACUCGCCCUGUGAGUUUGGCGUGCUCUUAAUUUUUUUUCCUCGUCAUAUAUAUAUUCUCAUAUCACUUGCUUUGGGAGUAGAAUUGACCAGGGUUUUGAGUUACUGGUCUUUCAGGCUUGUUGCUUAUGCCGCUUGCUUAGAGGGUUCCGACCCGGUCAGACUAUUCGACAAGCGGGUGAAUGCAAAAAGAUGUGAGUCUCUGUUGUCUGCUCCGUGGAGGACUACGUCAGUGAUUUUCUAUUCCUUGGAGAUUUAUACUUUUGCACCCCACUUUCGGAAAGGAGCAGUAGUUAGCUAGUCAUUAAAUUUCUUCUUUGUUUUGUCGAUCGCUGUUUCAAGUUCCGGGAUACGAUUUCGACAAGGCUAAAUUGCUGGAGUACGAUCACAUGAGCUUCGGCGGGGCGCCCAUCAAUGCCGGCACAGAAGAGGAAGCUGAGGACUUGCUGCUCAGGAACGAAAGGGAGUCUGCUGUUGGUAAGACAGUUGAAGUCUCUCACUUCAUUUUUUAUUUUUUUUGGGGAGUCUUCCUGAUUCAGGUAUUCUUUUGAGAUUUUUCAUGGGCAAUGCACUGGUGAUUCGUAACAACUGUGAGGACGCCAGCACCACCAGUGAGAGAUACAGAUUCUAGGGGUUUUACACGAUCAAAUAUGUCCAAUCCAUACAAUGGCUGACCAUUGAUGGAUAUAUAUAUAUCAACAAUGCCUCUAUGGACCUGAACGCUGCAGAUUCCUCCUACUACUUUUAACCAAUUUCUCAUUUAAUACCGUCUUCACAUUUUCCAGAGAGUUCACCCCACUGCAUUCGUUCUUAUUUUUUCAUCAAAAUUUAUUCGGGCUUUUGUGACCAAGAAAUCAGUACAAGCUACUCUACCCCUUGGGAGGAAAAUUUGGCAAUUGAAUUCUCUGAUUUGAUCAUGAUACGCAGUGCUGUUUUCUCUUAAUGGUGUCUCCUGGAUUCCUUUUUGGGAACAUAGAAGGGGAUAUAAUUUUUUUUUUGUUGGUUCUGUAGUCCUGAUUUCUCUGUCUUUCUCUUGACAGAAAAUGAUUUUAUCAUAUUUUAUCAAAGGGCCUGGCACCAAAAAGAAACUUCCAACAGCAAUAACUCACAUGCAAUCUUCUUCGCUCAAGCUUUCAUAUUCUUCUUAGCUUUAUAUGAAGUUACCCUACUGACCAUUUAGUUUUUCCUGGGGUUCGUUUGCAUGCCCGAACGUCUUUAUCAGCAAAAUGAAAGGUUGACUUUCUGAAAAUACUGGAAAUCAGUGUGCAUUGAUGUAAUUUCUAGGGCUACACGUUAGGCAUUAAUGGAUCAUUUUAUGGUAGACUCCUGCCUACUAAGCCAUAAGAAUAAAAUAUGUCUUGUAUAAGAUGAAAAUAAGCUUGGAUGAUAUGUUGUAAUAAAAUUCGCAGUGAGUGUGAGGUGAUAAAUCUGCAUGGAACUAUAAGUUUGUUGGUGUAAGUUCCUUGUCGUAUUGUCCUGUCUUCUAUAUUCCGUUAUCGUGUGUACUUUCUAUGUUUAUCAGAUUGUAAAUAUGUUUAUAUUCUCUUGCAGAAGCAGAAGUUCUUUCAGCCCCGCCCAAAUUGGUAUACAACAGAUUUGUUUUACGGUAUUUUUCUUUGCCUUGUACCAGUUUUGGUGUCUUAACUUCAACUAAUUUGUCAUAUUUAUUGGCAGCCGUAAUGAAGAAAAUUGGGAAUCGUCCAUGUUCUAAUAUUUUAGUCCUCUUGGUUUGGCUUAUUCCAAUGAAAGAUGGCUCAUCAAAUCUUUCACUCUCUGCAGUAUUGCAAGGGACAUUCUUGAAGCUGUUUCUGAUAGGUGGAAUCAGCAUGUCGCUAUCAUCAAUAAAAUAAUCCCCCAAAACUGGAAGGUAUGCUCGCUGGAGAUUUUAAUGGAUUAUGUUGAUCUCUCUCUCUCUCUCUCUCUCUCUCUCUCUCUCUCUCUCUCUCUCUCUCUCUCUCUCUCUCUCUCUAUAUAUAUAUAUAUAUAUAUAUAUAUAUAUAUAUAUAGAUAUAUCUCCCUCCCUCCCAUCUAGUUGUUUCCCCACGACACAGAUUUGAGGAUCAUCUACAGUGGGCACGAUUGUUUUAUGAGCUGAUUUUUAAGUGUAUAAAUUAUUCAAAUUUGAAGGAGAUGAAAUAAAUUUCAGCCCUCAGCAAUAUUCUAAAUUUGGAACCUUUUCCUGUUCUAUACACCAAUUUAAAGAGCACCCACAAUGGAAAUUGUCUUCUUCCAGAGUGUUCACGAUUUACCUUCUCUAAUGAUCUUUUAUCUUGCCUGAUUGUUUCGUAAAAUGUUUCCUCACAAACCCUUUCUGUCUUCUGAAACCAAGUUAUGUUUCCAUCUCCAAUCUCUAUAAAUUGUCUUUUAGCAAAUUGCCUUUCCUUUCUGUUCCAAGAUUUAGUACAGGAAUUUUCAUAUUUUCAAUGAAGAGAAUCUCUGAUAAUUGGGGUAAUUGUAUCUCACCAUUGACAAAGAAGUUAUCCACGCUGAUUAGCAGUGAUGUCCUCAUUUAGAAAGAAAUUACAUUUCCAUCCAAAUCUUAAUGGGCAGUAUCAUGUGCUGAUUAAAUGUCAGAAAGAAAAAACAAAAGUUUGCCGAACAGUUUUGCUCCAGAAGCUCCAUUUAUAAUUUCAGUCCUCAAGCACUAGCUUUCCCUUUAACGUUGCUGUCCAAUUCCCAUACUCUCCUUUAUCGCAAUCCCCAGCAUUCUCCAUCCCUCCUGGAAUCAGUUCUUGAUUAUCUUAUUAUUGACUAGAUAUAUAGAUAAAAGUGGAAUCAUCUGUCACCAUGUCUCUAAAUAUUGACUCUGCAGGAUGAGCCCGCCGCAAGGAUUAUAGAGCUCUGCAUCCUCCACCUGGCUAUGGCCGAGGUAACAGUGAUUGGGACCCGCCACCAGAUCGUCAUCAAUGAGGUGAGCAAUCCAAGCUUCCUCUCUCUCUCUCUCUCUCUCUCUCUCUCUCUCUCUCAUUCUCUCCCAUCCGUUCACCUUUUGAUGGCUGUUGAUGCCUGUGGUCUUGAAGGCGGUUGACCUGGCGAAGCGAUUCUGCGAUGGUGGGGCCCCACGGAUAAUCAAUGGCUGCCUGAGGACCUUUGUGAAGGAUCAAGUGACAGACGGAGCGGCCAAACAGUAG